GUGUGUGUGUGUGUGAGUGUGUGUGAGUGUGUGUGUGUGUUUGUAUCUGGGAUUGGAAAGUUUGCAUCGUGGAAUCAGGAAGUCCAGAAAGACGUCCGUGUCAAACAGUGAUCCGUGAAAACAAGCCGUGAAACGGUCUCGUGAUGCCCGCUGGACGCGUCUGCCAUGCGGGUGACAGCUGAAGCCACGCCUCCGCUCCGUGGAGGGACUCUGCUCUGACAGUGAUAAACCUUUGACACCAGUAGGAAUGUCCUACUGGUCGGUCGGCCAUCCCCAGGACUCUCAAGACACUCCCGGCAACAUGGAGCAAGAAAACGGCCCUGGGGAGGAAAUGGGAGCCAAGGCAUCGUUGGUGGAGGGACCCGGCUCAGCGCUGGGUCCUUCUCCCACUCUGGAGAACAUCCAGGCAGCGUAUGAAGAUGGAGAGGAGGAAGCUGCCAGGGAGCUGGUCCAACAAGCCUGCUGCGUGGAGUGCAGCGUGGGGACGCCCCGCAUCGAUGGGGUCCGUCUCCUGUGUGUGGCCAUUCAGCAUGGUGAUCUGCAGAGUGUGUGUUACCUCCUAAAAGAAGCCCGCAUCACUGUGCCCCAGGAGCCAUCCAACACCAACCCAGCCAUCCUGGCAGCGUACUACGGCCACGCCAGCUUGGUCAAAGAGCUGCUGGAUUCCAUUCCCGGUCCCUGUUUGAGGAGAGACUUGCUGAACUGGAUGCUGGCCACAUCUUGCCAGCAGGGUCACCUGGAUGUGGUCCGGCUGCUUGUCCACAGCUACGACGCUGAUGCCAAGGACUGUGCCAUCCACAGCGACGAGUUUGCCGUCAUCACCGGGCUGCCGCUGUACGCUGCUGCACGAGCAGGUAAUGAGGAGAUAGCUCUCUUCCUGCUGCAGAAUGGAGCCGGGUUCUCCUCCUACACCCUCAUGGACCAUCCAGCCUUCAGCAAACAUCUCCUCAGACUCCGACUGCAGGAAACCUCCGACACAGAAGGAGAGGAGGCUGUCAGUGUGUGUUGGAGUGGUCUGCAGCUGCCCUGGUUGGAGCUGGAUUGGUUCAUGGAUGUCUCGUCACGUAUCACCCAUCUAGAUCUGUCAUCCAACUGUCUGGCUGCCCUGCCCUCUGUGGUGCCAUGGGGUCUCAUCCACCUGCGUACCCUCGAUCUCUCCAGUAACCUGCUGAAGGAGCUGCCAGUUGCUCAGAACUCCCAGGAGGUCAUCUGCUCCAGUUUACGGCAGAUAAACCUCUCUCAGAACCAGCUCACCAGUUUGCCACCUGGACUUCUCCAUCUGACCCAAAUCCGGAAGAUUUCUGCUGCUAAGAACCAGCUCACGGACCUGUUUGACAUCCCUGCCACUACAAACUGGAUCGGCCUCCGUAAGCUGGAGGAGCUGGACGUGUCCGAUAACUGUCUGACCAGUCUGCCCACGGCAGUCAUGCACUGUUUGAAAUCCCUGAGCUUCCUCAAUGUGUGCAGGAACAAACUGAGCACGUUCCCCGACCCCUGGGCCUGUCCGCUGAAACACUGCAAAGCGUCCUUCAAUGUGAUUGAGAGUCUUCCGAACACUAUCUCCAUCUUCUGGAGGACUCAGCUGCAGGAGGUGGACUUCUCUGACAACAGUCUGAACGAGCUGCCCCCGUACAUCUUUGAACUGGAGGCUCUGCUCUCCUUGAGACUGUGUGGGAAUCACAUUGCGACACUCCCAGCUCAGAGUAAAUGGAAGUGCUGUCAGCUCAGGACCCUCGACCUUUCCAGGAACCAGCUGGGCAAGACAGAAGAGGGGCCCAAAUCCAGGAGGCUGGCCUUCCUGACUACAUGGCACAGGAGAGACCCAGAUCCAGCAGUGUGUCCCAUCGAGUUUCCCAUGAUUCUGCGGGAUUCACUGGAAGUGCUGUACUUGAAUGACAACCAGCUGGAGUGUGUCCCUCAAUCAGUGUGCGGUCUGAACAGCCUCACUGAGCUCUACCUCUCCAGUAAUCCUGGAAUCCGGGAGCUUCCAGCAGAGCUCGGUCAACUCUCCAACCUGUGGCAGCUGGACAUCGAAGAGCUCAAUAUUACGAACGUCCCGCAGGAAGUGAGGAAAGAAGGUCCUGCGUCUGUCCUGGCUUUCCUCCGGGCGCACCUUCGAAAGGCUGAGCCUUAUAGACUGCUGAAGAUGCUCGUGAUUGGUCCGCCGAGACAGGGGAAGACGGCGCUUCUGGAGGUUCUACAGACCGGCAGGGCGUCUCCGUUUACACCCUCAGAAUGCAGCAUCUCCACCUCCACAUGGGAGCUGGACAAACCCAACGGAGGCAAAAACAGCAAAGACUCGGUAGCGUUCAACGUCUGGGACAUCGGUGGUCAAGCCAGCAUGUCCACAGUGAACCAGUGUUUCUUCACUGACAAGGCCUUGUACGUGGUGAUCUGGAACCUGGCUCUGGGAGAGGAGGCUGUGGCCAACCUGCAGACAUGGCUGCUCAAUAUAGAGGCACGAGCACCCAACUCUGCCGUGGUGGUCGUAGGAACACAUCUGGAUCUCAUCGACACCAAGUUUCGCACCGAGAGACUGGCCACGCUGAGAGCUUAUGUUCUGGCUCUUUGCCGAUCCCCAUCAGGGGCUCGAGCCACCGGCUACCCAGACAUCACCUGGAAACACCUGCAUGAAGUGUCCUGUAAGACCCUGGAGGGUUUGGAUGGGCUGAAGAAGCUGAUCUACCAGGUGGCUCUCUCCAUGAAAGACAGCAGCAGCUCAGCCUUUGGCACUAAACUGCUGGGCAGACUGAUCCCCAGGAGCUACCUGACACUUCAGGAAGUGGUGAUAGCAGAGAAGCAGAGGCGACAUGCGAAAGGAGAGGUCCAGUACCUAACUGACGCCCAGCUGGACUGCAUUGUCGAACAGAACCCAGAAAGUGACAUCAGAGACUACGAGGACCUGCAGACAGCCAUCAGCUUUUUGAUAGAGACGGGGACCCUGCUGCACUUCCCCGACACCAGCCAUGGGCUGUGCACCCUCUACUUCCUGUGUCCUGUAUGGCUGUCAGAAUGCCUGGAGAGGAUCAUGCACCUCAAGUCCUCUCGCUCUGUAGCCAGGAACGGAGUGAUUCAAGCUGAAGACCUCAGGAUGCUAUUGGUGGGAACAGGAUUCACCCAGCAGACGGAGGAACAAUAUUUCCAGUUUCUCGCCAAGUUUGAGAUCGCUCUUCCUGUAGCCAACAACAGCUAUCUGCUGCCCCACCUUCUUCCCCACAAACCAGCCAUGGACAUCCAUGGCUUCCGCCAGCAGUCCAACAACACCCUGCAGCGCCUUGUAAAGAUGAGCUUUGUUCCUGCUGGAUUUUGGGAGCGCUUCAUUGCCAGGAUGCUCAUCAGCCUCACAGAAAUGGACCUGCAGUCAUUUGAACCCAAAAGAAACAACAGGAGCCAGCGCAGCAGGAACUCUGUGAUCUACAGCUUUGCUGGAACUCAGCAGAGGAACCGUUGCAGCACCUUCAGGGUCCGACGCAGCCAAACCAUCUACUGGAAGGAGGGGCUGCUGGUCACUUUUGACGGAGGUUACCUCAGCGUGGAGUCGUCGGAUGUCAACUGGAAGAGAAAGAAAAGCGGAGGCAUAAAGAUCAUCUGCCAGUCGGAGAUGAGAGAUUUCUCUGCCAUGGCCUUCAUCACGGAUCACGUCAACUCUCUGAUCGAGCAGUGGUUCCCUGCUCUGACAGCCAGUGAGAGUGACGGCAGCCUCCUCAUAGAGCAGUACGCUCCCUGUCCCCUCUGCGCUUCACUGGGCCAAGUGAAGCAGGCCGACCACCGAGCUAGCAGGCCAAGCCACUUCAGUGUAAGAGGAGGACGUGGAGAAGAUGAUGGAGGUGGGGGAGGAGGUGAGGCGGUUCAUUACUUUAACAUGGAGGACUGCGUGCUGGCCGCUGUGGAGAAGGAGCACAUCAUCUGUCCUCAGCACCCCGAGCAGCCAGUCAGCCUCCAGGAGCUGGUCCCAGAGCUCUUCAUGACAGACUUCCCUGCACGGCUCUUUCUGGAGAGGGACCAGCUGGAAUACUCUGAGGAGGAGAGUAACAUUCUCGGCCAGGGCGGCAGCGGGACCGUCAUCUACCGAGCCCGAUAUCGUGAGCAGCCUGUGGCCAUCAAACGCUUCCACUUCAAGAAGUGUCGACAGCAGAACAUCUGCAGUGACACAGACACCAUGGUGAAACACUUACGCUCUGCAGAUGCUUGUCGGAGCUUCUCCGAAUUUCGCCAGGAGGCCAGUAUGUUGCACUCUCUGCAGCAUCCCUGCAUCGUCUCUUUGGUCGGCAUCAGCAUCCACCCGCUGUGCUUCGCCCUGCAAUUGGCCCCGCUGGGCAGCCUCAACACCGUCCUGGAGGAGAGGCACAAAGGCAAAGGCUCCAGGUACAUGCCCCUUGGUCACAUGCUAACCUUCAGAGUGGCCUAUCAGAUUGCAGCAGGACUGGCGUACCUUCACAGGAAGAACAUCAUCUUCUGUGACCUCAAAUCUGACAACAUUCUGGUGUGGUCUCUGGAGGUGCAGGAUCCAGUCAACAUCAAACUGUCCGACUACGGCAUUUCUCGACAGUCCUUCCAUGAGGGGGCGUUGGGGGUGGAAGGCACACCGGGUUACCAGGCUCCUGAGAUCCGACCAGGCAUCGUGUAUGAUGAGAAAGUGGACAUGUUCUCCUAUGGUAUGGUGCUCUAUGAGCUGCUGUCUGGGCGGAGGCCAUCGCUGGGACAGCACCAGCUUCAGAUAGCAAAGAAGCUCUCCAAAGGCGUCCGGCCAGUCCUCGGCAGUCCAGAGGAAGUUCAGUUCUGCUGCCUGCACAGCAUGCUGAUUGAAUGCUGGGACACCAAGCCCGAGAAGAGGCCGAUGGCCAUGCAGUGUGUGAGGCAGAUGCAGGAGCCCAGCUUCCCCUGCCUCAGGUAUGUUUUGUCCUGUGACAGCCAUUCGCAGCUCUUCCUGUCCCAGCUGCAGGGACACAGCGCCGUGUUCUGGAGCGGAGACAAAGACGACAGGAACUACAGUGUGGUGAAUGUGGAGAAGGGUCAGGUGGAGGUGAAGAGGAUGUCCUGUGAAGGCAGUCGGAUCAGCUGUCAGAUGAAGAUGGGUAACACUCUGUGGAUGGCCACUGAGGAGCAGGAGGUGUUCGUCUACAGUCUGAAGGACAUGUGUCCACUCAGUCAACCCCAGAAACACUUCUCCUGUCCAGCUGUCAUCACCUGCCUGUUUCCAGUUCCAGCAAGAGAACAGAGUCUGGCCAGAGUGUUUGCUGGGAUGUCUGACGGUCUGGUGGCAGCGUACAGCUUGGUGGACGACCUUCCUCUGGAGGGUGAGGACUUCCUGUGCUCACACACCCUCAAUAAGACGGUGUUUGGUCUGAAGGACUCGGAUCCCAGACAGAAACCUUACCCAGUCAGGAGCAUGGCUCUGGUCAGCAGCGGUUCUCAGCUUUGGUUCUCCAAUGGUCCGGGUGUGCUAGUCAUCGACUGUCUGAGUCUUCAGGCGGUUCAAAGGUUGGAGCCGUACGAGCCGCCGUCCUCCAUCAUAUCCAUGACAACCAGUUUCAGUCUGUGGGGGGAGGAGGCAGUCUGGACCCUGGACGACCACAUCAACACCCUGCUGCUUUACCAUGCUGGCUCUUACCAGCUCUGUGCCAAGUACUGCUGCAGAGACCCCAACCCUCUGCGGGACGUCUUCACCGUGCGGCGUCCUGCAGCGGUUACCACGGUGACGACUGCUGACCUCAAGACCACAGACCAAGAGGAGAAGCUGGAGUGGAACAACGGGGAGGUGACGGUGAUCUACAGCGAGGAGGCGGGCACUCAGAUCAUCCAGCACCAGGAUUCGCUGACGGACUACUGCUCCAUAUCGUCCAGCUGCUCCGCGGAGCCGCUCGGGUCAGACUGUUCCAGCACCGCAGGCCUCGGAUCAUUAGCCAGCUACAGCAGCGCACCGCUCCCUGCAGACCAGGAGGAGACGGGCAGAGACCAGCACCAGGACCAGCAGUCUGAUCUGGACUCUGCUGGGGCCGUGGACUCCACACUGCCUCAGCUGCAGGCCUUCACUGUGCUGCCAGUGAACGGGACUCUGUGGAUCCCCAGGCGCGGAGGAGAUGUGAUGGUCAUCGAGAUGCAGCCGCACGGCGAUCAGCUGAGGGGGCGUGUCACCGCCGUCCUCAGUCCGCCUGGACGUUCGUCUCUGGGGAUCCUGGAGGAGGCAGCACUAGUGGCAAAGGACACAGUUGUAUGUGGCUUUCGUAAGGAAAACAUGGAGUGGUGCCUGUGUGUCUGGAGGGGCUGGGGCUGCAACGAGCUGGAAGUCUUCUACCAGUCCUACGAGGAGCUGGGCCGCUUGGAGACCCGCAUGAGGAAAAGAAGGUAGCCGUUGUGCUGGCGACGGCGAAGGUGCAGAAUCGCGGCACUGUAUGGAGGCCGAGCCGAGGGGGGAAUACACACCGACAGACUGCCCCAGUGUUCAGAGCACGAGGGGGGCUGCAGAACGCUCGCAUCGGGGCAACGCAGGCAGGGGUGGUGGGGGGUGGAGGUCUGCCUUGAGGUCUGAGCCUCAAGCUGUGCUCACCGGUUAUGUCCCCUCACCACAUACUUGAGUACCAAUAAUAAGUUAAGACCUGAAAAGCCCUGAAGCCGAGUCACAGAUCAAGGUUGCCAGAACAGAACUUGGAAGCUUCAGUCAGUGAUUCUGCACAGACGGUGUAGUAUUUAGUGCUAUAUGUCAUCCGGGCCUGGCUGCAGUCUGUCAGCUGGUUUGGUAAGACUGAGUGUUCCGGGAUUCGGGUCAAGAUGGUGGACUGUUUGUGUCUGACUCCAGCUGCUGCAAUCCAUUGUUUAUACUCUGUCCGUCUAUUUCUGUUUCCCUCAUUUAACUAUUCCAAUCUGCAGCUUCAUGCCCUCUGGAGGUGACACGGGCGGGACAGUCUUCAGGACACUGGGCGUCUUUUUUUUUUUUUUUUAAUGAACUGGUUUCUUUCUCAGAGUUAAGCUGGUGCUGCUGGGAAACAGCUGUGUCCUGAAAACAAACAGCAGUUUGUAAAUGGAUGGAUGUCAGUGACACCUUCACACACUCAGAACACAGUGUUCCUCUUUCUCAUCCAGCACAUUUUAGGCCUAAAACUGUGUGUCAUGAAUGUGCAUGGCCUCGCUGUUAGCAGAGCUGCAAACUUAACAUCUGUGUUCUGUGCGGCGUUAUGCAACAGACAGAGCAGUGCUUCCCACAUUUUGCCACCAGGUUCUCACAGAUAAAAGACUUUUUAUUUUUUAUUUUUAAUGACGCUUCAUUCUGUUCCACGAGCAUCUGGACCUCCAAAGAAUAGAACAUGUAAAGGGGGCAAACAUGUUGUCGGGGUUUUACUCGGGCUUCACAGCUUUGGGUCGAGUGUUCAUGCUUUUACAACUUUAAAUCAUUUGAGCGUUCCAUUCCAAUCAUUUUAUGAACGUCCGUCUGAUUUCUGAUUUCUACAGCGGCCAGUAAAGAAGUGUAUAUUUUCCAUAACAGCCUUGUUGUAAGUAAGGCAGAUGUUAUUUAUUUAUCAGAAUGUAUAAUGAAGGUUUUUAUUUGCAAUAGAAGCUGUCGUGUACAUAAUCACUGUACAAUAUGGCACCCAAUAAAGUUCUUAUGAUAACUCUG